AUGGCUUUCACGAUUUCUUUCCACAAGUCUUCGGUCUUAACGAGCACUGUAAAAAUACUUAAAAGAUCAUUAAACACAACUAGGGUGUUGGCUAAUAAACAGAUGACUGUUAGAGAUGCACUGAAUUCGGCAAUGGAUGAUGAAAUGGAACGCGAUGAAAGGGUUUUCAUUUUAGGUGAAGAAGUAGCAAUGUAUGAUGGUGCUUAUAAAGUUUCUAGGGGAUUGUACAAAAAAUAUGGGGAAAAACGUGUGAUUGAUACCCCAAUUACAGAAAUUGGAUUUGCUGGAAUUGCUGUUGGAGCAGCAAUGGCUGGCUUGAGACCAAUCUGUGAGUUCAUGACAUUCAACUUUUCGUUGCAAGCCAUAGACCAUGUUAUUAAUUCUGCUGCAAAAACUUUUUACAUGUCUGCUGGCAUGGUAAAUGUACCAAUUGUGUUUAGAGGACCAAAUGGAGCAGCAGCUGGUGUGGCUGCUCAACAUUCUCAAUGUUUCGGAGCUUGGUACAGUCAAUGUCCAGGUUUAAAAGUUAUCUCUCCGUACAGUUCUGAGGACGCUAGAGGAUUGUUAAAGGCAGCAAUCCGAGAUCCAGAUCCAGUUGUGUUUUUAGAAAAUGAAUUAUUAUAUGGUAAUCAAUAUCCAAUUACAGAUGAAGUAUUAGACAAAGAUUUUGUACUACCUAUUGGAAAAGCAAAGAUUGAAAGAAAGGGUGACCAUAUCACAUUUGUGGCACACUCCAAGGGAGUUGAAUUAGCUUUGGACGCAGCAAAAGAAUUAUCUUCAGUUGGGAUUGAGACGGAAGUUAUAAAUUUACGUUCAUUAAGACCACUUGAUAUUAAUACAAUUAUACAAUCAGUGGUUCGAACAAAUCAUAUUAUAUCUAUAGAACAAGGUUGGCCAUAUGCUGGUAUUGGAUCAGAGAUAGCUGCUCAAAUUAUGGAGAGUGAGGCUUUCUAUCACCUAGAUGCACCAGUUAUAAGAGUGACCGGUGCAGAUGUUCCAAUGCCAUAUACCAAAUCAUUGGAAAUUGCUGCAUUGCCCCAAAUAAAUAAUAUAGUUGAUGCUGCUAAAAAGUUAUUAGGUGUUUAA